GAGGACAAUGAGCAAGUGAGCAACUGGCUAGGUUACCUGGUUAGCUAGUAACAACUCAAACAUUGUAAGCGCAUAGAGGAGUCUGGUGCUCUACUCAACUCUGAAACAAUCAACUGCACCAGUGUACUAAUUAAAUAUAUUACUGUACUUAAGACAUGGCUAUCGCGUCGUCGUCGUUUUCACUUGCUGCUAUCCUCCUCAUCAUCAUCAUGUACUGCUGCCCCACGGGUUUGGUGGAGGCAGCUCGCAAGGGGCCGGCUGCUGCCGGCGGCGGCGACGACAGCGCGAUGAGGGAGAGGUACGAGAAGUGGGCGGCGGACCAUGGGCGCACGUACAAGGACUCCCUGGAGAAGGCGCGGCGAUUCGAGGUAUUCAGGACCAACGCCCUGUUCAUCGAUUCGUUUAAUGCUGCAGGAGGCAAGAAGAGCCCCCGGCUGACGACCAACAAGUUCGCCGACCUGACAAACGAAGAGUUCGCGGAGUACUACGGUAGGCCGUUUAGCACGCCUGUAAUUGGAGGUAGUGGCUUCAUGUACGGGAACGUGAGGACCUCAGACGUGCCAGCCAACAUAAACUGGAGGGAUAGAGGCGCUGUCACCCAAGUCAAGAACCAAAAGGAUUGUGCGAGCUGUUGGGCGUUCUCAGCGGUGGCAGCGGUGGAAGGCAUCCACCAGAUCAGGAGUCACAAUCUGGUUGCCCUCUCGACGCAGCAACUGUUGGACUGCUCCACCGGGAGGAACAACCAUGGCUGCAACCGCGGCGACAUGGACGAAGCGUUCCGCUACAUCACCAGCAACGGCGGCAUCGCCGCCGAGUCAGACUACCCCUACGAAGACCGCGCGCUGGGCACCUGCCGCGCCUCAGGGAAACCGGUGGCGGCCUCCAUCAGAGGCUUCCAGUAUGUCCCUCCGAACAACGAGACCGCCCUCCUGCUGGCCGUCGCCCACCAGCCUGUGUCCGUGGCACUCGACGGCGUGGGCAAGGUGUCCCAGUUCUUCAGCAGCGGAGUGUUUGGCGCGAUGCAAAAUGAGACGUGCACCACUGACCUCAACCAUGCCAUGACGGCGGUGGGGUACGGCACCGACGAGCACGGCACCAAGUACUGGCUAAUGAAGAACUCGUGGGGAACCGACUGGGGCGAGGGAGGAUAUAUGAAGAUCGCGCGGGAUGUCGCGUCCAACACCGGCCUUUGCGGCCUCGCCAUGCAACCCUCUUACCCCGUUGCCUAAUAAACUAAAGAGACAUAAAUUGAGCCGAUAACCGUGUUAGCGUCUGGUGAAAAAGUAGUACGGCGUGGUGUAAUAUGCGAUUCAUGUGAUAAAUUAUUAUCAGUGUUUGUUAUAUUUUACUAUGCCGUUUUCAUGACAGUAUUACUUUUAGAAAGUA